UUUGGAUGGCCAACGUUGAAUAUGAAUCUGCUAAAGAAUCAUCCAAAAGUGCGCAUCGGCAAUCUCGGCUUAUUUGAACAGAAGAUGAAGCAGUUUAUGGGUAGUGGACCGGACAACUUUAUGGUUGUUGCUGAUUUCGACUACACUCUUACAGCAAGUGUGACCGAUACUGGCCAGCCAUGCGACAUCACCUAUGGCGCGUUUGUGAGAGCAGCAAUUAAAAAAUCACCACACUAUCGACAGCUGUUCAGAGACCUGAACGACAAGUUUGCACCGAUCGAAGCCAACUUUUCGCUGGGUGAUAAGGAGAGAUCAGCAGCUAUGCAGGAUUGGUUUGUUCGCAUUGACUUUCUUGAACAGUAUGAUACCGGAAUUCAGUUGCACCACCCUGGCCAUCCUUUUUGA